AGACUCAGUUAUUUUCAUCGUCAGAAUAGGGAAAAUCAAGUGAUGUCUUUCAGUUGAAAUCAUACUGCUAAUUAAUAAUUAAAAGGAAAUAGCAGAGCGUAUCUACAUCGGCCAUAUUCCCAUUAAAAAAUAUUAGUCAAUUCUAAUAAGAAGUUAAUUUGUUACAAUCCGUGAUUUGAAUAUGACACCCGAAACAGAGAAUAUAAGCGAAGUUUUAGGUCAAUAUUUCAACGAAAUUGGACGGUUUUCUUACGAUUCUGCAAAGGAAAUUCUCGAUAAGUUUCAGCAUAAUACGAAAUUGGAUGCAUCCUUUUCAAACUUCCUAUCGGUCCUGAAUAAUUUGAUUACUGCUGAAAAAGCGUACUCGUCCUUGAGUUUUCUAAAAUCAAAAUGGUUUGGAGGAAAGAAUGAAAAUACCCAAGAUUUAUAUUUCAUUCUAUUCCAACAAAUUGAAGGCCUUUUAAAGGAAACAAAUCUAAAUAACCUAAUUCAACAUUUAUGCAUCCAUCUCUCGCGUUUUGUCGAAGCUAGACGUUCUACAACGGAUUUUUAUGAGCAACUAUCGUCUACCAACUUAAAAACGUCUUUUUCUGCUAACGAUUUACUUUGUAAAAUGCAAGUAAUCGAGGAGAAUUAUACUAAAGACUUUCAUCAUCCAUUGUUAAAUCCUUUAAAAACCAGCUUUAGCCUGGAAUGUGAGAUAGUAAGCGAAUUAUUAAAUUCCCAAGACUCUAUUUCCACAUGGAAAUUUUUACCUUCUACACUUCAUAUGCAUAAUGCAAAAAAUAAGCUGGAUUAUUGGACUAAGAACGCUCAGCAAAAAGAGGAAAAAAGUAGUAAACUAUCGUUAUUUUCUUCAUCGAGUCAAGUUACCUACGUUUUACCAAAUCUAUGUCAAUGGUUAACAAAUGUACGACAAGCCUUAGCCGCAAAGUAUUCCCUCUACUUCUAUCAAACAUUGAGUAAGCAAGUAACAUCAAGCGAAUUAAAAAUGAAUAUGGGUCGUUUAUCUGUCGAUUUGGUUUCAAAAGUGCAGAGUUUUGUUAAAAAAACUGAUGCCGCUUCAGUAAAUCUAGUCUAUGAAAUGUGUUCUAGCGACGAUUUUGGAGAAAUUGGCCCAAGCUAUAAACACCCUCAAAGAGAAGUUGAAAAGCCAAAAGGCUUAGGCUCAUAUCCAACAAUAUAUAGCUGUGCCCGAGAUCAAAGCAAUAAUGAAAAGCGUUGGCCAGUUGUCGUGAGUCUAAUGACAGAUAAAGCCCUGAUAUUGUCCAAAAUGGAAAAAACCGUAUACGAAUACGAUAUGAAACAGCAAGUUACUUACUUUCUAUCUCAAGUUGACAUACAAGUGACGCUGGUUAUAAUAUAUGAAUGUAAAAAAAGCGAAAAAGACAGUACGAUAACUCAAUUCCUUCAAGAUGUAUUGUCAAGUUUGCGGCAGAACAUCAUGAGUGAUCAACGUUUUCCAAAAUUUUUUAAUUCAAAAGCCCAUACAUUGAAACAAGUUGGAUUCGAAGAUAAUCGAAAUACCUGA